AGUGCCAGUCAAUUUCCCAUUUGGGCCUGACGUCACAAGCGCUAUAAAACUCAGCAAUUGCUUUAAACUCUUCUUGCUGGAUCAGAGGCUUUAAAAUCUUUUUUCAUCUUCGCGCUGUACCUCGGGCUGCUCGUCCGCUCGGCCUAACCCCCCUUACUCUCCUGCCUUGCCUUUCCCCAGGACUUUGCAAUUUUGCUUUUUAGAAGAGAGAGAGAGAGAGGAGGGGGGAAAAGGCAAGAAGGAACUGAACUCCCCACUCCCUUCCCUCCAGCCGGGCUCGCACCUCUGCCUUGCACUUUGCACAGAGGGAACGAGAGCGAGGGAGACAGAGACAGAAACAGAAAGAGGAGAAAGAGAGAGAAUUCAAAAGAGCCAGGAGACGCGGAGGCGAGAAGCAUGAAGUGUUAACUCCCCCGUGCCAAGGCCCGCGCCGCCCGGACAGCGCCCGCCGCGCCUGCAGCCCCGAGCGGCCGCCGUGCGCGCCCCGCCUGCAGCCGGGCCGGCGAGCCGAGCCCUCCUUAUGCAAAGGGCGCAGCGGAGCGGCGAGCGGGGGACGCCACGCACCCGGCCGGGCUCCUCCGGCUUCGCCGCCGCAGCUCGCCGAGGACCUUCUCCAGCCUGAAGCCGGCGGCCCGGCGCGCACAGAGGCGAGCAGGCGAGGAGGGGCCGGGGCGAGCGAGCGAGCGAGCCAGCGAGCGAGCGAGUCCCUUGGCGUGAGCAGGCGGGGAGGGAGGGCGGGCGCGGGGGGCGCGGGCAGGGCGGGAGGGGGGGCGUGUGCGCGCUCGGAGGUUCCGGGCCAGCCGCCGGCGCGCGAGCUAGAAGCGCCCCAGCCCGGCAAGCUGGCUCACCCGCUCGCCGCCCAGCACAGCCCGCUGGCCCCUCUCCUGCAGCCCAUCUGGCGGAGCGGCGGCGGCGGCGGCGGCAGGAGGAUGGCAUCAGAACUGGCGAUGAGCAACUCCGACCUGCCCACCAGUCCCCUGGCCAUGGAAUAUGUUAAUGACUUCGAUCUGAUGAAGUUUGAAGUGAAAAAGGAGCCGGUAGAGACCGACCGCAUCAUCAGCCAGUGCGGCCGUCUCAUCGCCGGGGGCUCGCUGUCCUCCACCCCCAUGAGCACGCCGUGCAGCUCGGUGCCCCCUUCGCCCAGCUUCUCGGCGCCCAGCCCGGGCUCGGGCAGCGAGCAGAAGGCGCACCUGGAAGACUACUACUGGAUGACCGGCUACCCGCAGCAGCUCAACCCCGAGGCGCUGGGCUUCAGCCCCGAGGACGCGGUCGAGGCGCUCAUCAGCAACAGCCACCAGCUCCAGGGCGGCUUCGAUGGCUACGCGCGCGGGGCGCAGCAGCUGGCCGCGGCCGGCGCCGGCGCCUCGCUGGGUGGCAGCGGCGAGGAGAUGGGCCCCGCCGCCGCCGUGGUGUCCGCCGUGAUCGCCGCGGCCGCGGCGCAGAGCGGCGCGGGCCCGCACUACCACCACCACCACCACCACGCCGCGGGCCACCACCACCACCCGACGGCCGGCGCGCCCGGCGCCGCGGGCAGCGCGUCCGCCUCGGCCGGGGGCGCGGGCGGCACAGGCGGCGGGGGCCCGGCCAGCGCCGGGGGCGGCGGCGGCGGAGGAGGAGGAGGAGGAGGAGGAGGCAGCGGCGGCGGCGGCGGGGGCGCGGCGGGGGCGGGGGGCGCCCUGCACCCGCACCACGCGGCGGGCGGCCUGCACUUCGACGACCGCUUCUCGGACGAGCAGCUGGUGACCAUGUCGGUGCGCGAGCUGAACCGGCAGCUGCGCGGGGUCAGCAAGGAGGAGGUGAUCCGGCUCAAGCAGAAGAGGCGGACCCUGAAAAACCGCGGCUAUGCCCAGUCCUGCCGCUUCAAGAGGGUGCAGCAGAGGCACGUCCUGGAGUCCGAGAAGAACCAGCUGCUGCAGCAGGUCGACCACCUCAAGCAAGAGAUCUCCCGGCUGGUGCGCGAGAGGGACGCGUACAAGGAGAAGUACGAGAAGUUGGUGAGCAGCGGCUUCCGAGAAAACGGCUCGAGCAGCGACAACCCGUCCUCUCCCGAGUUUUUCAUAAGGGACCCCACUCGGAAGUUGGCGCCCUCAGUGAAAUAUGCCACGUAGAAGCCCCAGCAAAGUGGACUUUCCUGGGUGUUCACAAGGUGAAAUUUGUGGAAUGUGUUGUGUAUUAAUAUAUAUAUAUGUAUGUAUUCUUCGGAAUUACUAUUAUUUGCAAUCUUGAACGAACCCUACCUUACUUCUGCUUAGUUUCCCUUUUUUUUUUUUAAAGUCAUGAUAAUUGUGUGGGAGAAGAGCUACUGAAUGCAUAACCCCCAUGCUAAUUGGCUACUUCCACGCAGUCCCGGAGU